AUGCGUGCGCAAUAUAACAACAAAAACAAUUGACAAACGUUAAAAUAUUUACUCCAAAAUUACACUUUGUUAUCUUGACAUUCAUAAUCAUUGAAAAUUUGUUGCAUAAAAAUAAUUGAAUUUUAUGUUUAAUGAUCAUUGAAGCAAGGUACAAAAUUAAAACCAAUAAAUCAACAAAAUUGGAGUAAAUAUUUUUUUUCUUUGGAUGUUGAUCUUUGGAUUUUUACUCCAACUUGAAAAAAAAUAAAUUGCGUUAUUUUCGUAUUUUUGGAGCAAAAAAAAAAAAAAAAAUAGUAAUCAAUAAAAAAUGGCAUUUUUGGGUGACAUAGCAAACAAUUAUUUGCGUAAUAUGGUAUUUGGUGAUACUCCACCAACAGCAGUGCUAGAUGUAAAAACAGAUAAAUAUGGUAAUCGUCAUAUAAAUUAUCGUGAAGAUGGUAUUAUGUUGUACAGUCCAGGUACUAAAAAUGAAAAAUAUGAAAUAAUAUUACAUCGUCCAUAUGAUGAAACACUUAAUCAAGCAUACAGUUUAUUUCGUGCUGAUAAUUUAGAAGUUGCUGAAAUGAGAUUUACUGUUUAUAAAGAUAAAAUACCAAUUCUUGUACAAUCAUGUAAAGAAUUAUGUACAGUUGGUAAAAUACAAAGAUUAUGUGAUACAUUAUCACAAUAUCCAAGUUGGAGUGUUGCACAUAUUGCUGUAUAUUUAUCACUUUAUGAUGCAUUUCAAAAUCCAAUAAUUAAAAAUCAUAUAAAUGAUAGUGAUCCAACAAAUGGUAUAUCACCACUUCAAGUUGCAAUACAAACGAAUAAUUUACAAAUGGUUAAACAAUUAAUAAAUGAUAAUUGUCAUCGUGAACAUUGUGAUUAUAAUGGUAAUACAAUAUAUCAUUAUGCAGCAUCAUCAACAAAAGAAAUAGUAUUUGCUCUGGGUUCUGAUUUAUCAAAUAUAUUAAAUAGUCGUAAUAAUACUGGACAAACACCAUUACAUGUUGCAUGUCAAAAUGAUAAACCAGAUUGUGUUAGAUCAUUAUUAAUAAUUGGUGCUGAUGUUAAUAUAUCAGCAAGUGAAAAUAAAAAUACAUCACCAAGUUAUGUUGGUGAUUAUUUAAAAGAAAAUAAACAACAUUCACUUAAUGCUGAAGAUAUGAAAUUUGGUGGUACACCAUUACAUUGGUCAUCAAGUCGUGAAGUUAUAACAGCAUUAAUUGAAAGAAAUUGUGAUAUUAAUGCAUUAAAUUUUGAUGGUAGAACAGCAUUACAUAUUAUGGUAUUACGUAAAAGACUUGAAUGUGUUGUUGCAUUAUUAAGUCAUAUGGCAACAAUUAAUAUUUCUGAUAAUGAAGGUAAUACACCAUUACAUUUGGCUGUUAUGAAAGGUGGUACAUUACCAAUUGUACAAAUACUCAUUGGUUUUGGUGCUGAUAUUAAUGCUAAAAAUAAUCAUAAUCAAACACCAAGACAUAUUAUUGAUUUAAAAAGUAAUGAUGGUGAGAAAAUAUUAUAUGCAUUACAUGCUGUUGGUGCAAAUAGAUGUGAUGAUAAUAAAAAUAUAAAUGAUUGUCAUUUAGGAUGUAAAUAUAAUGAAACAUUUAAUGGUAUAGCACCAGAAGAACCACCAACAUCAAUACCAAGAACAAUACUUGAUCAAAUGUUAUAUGUAUCAUCAAUGGAAAAAUUGUCAUCUGAAAAAAAUUAUAAAUUAAAAGGUGGUAGAUUAUUAUGUCUUGAUGGUGGUGGUAUACGUGGUUUAGUACUUGUACAAACACUUAUUGAAAUUGAAUUAUUAUUAAAUAAACCAAUAAUAAAUAUAUUUGAUUGGAUUGCUGGUACAUCAACUGGUGGUAUAUUAGCACUUGGUAUAUCAGCUGGUAAAACAUUACGUGAAUGUCAAGCAUUAUAUUUUCGUAUUAAAGAUGAAGCAUUUGUUGGAUCAAGACCAUACGGUAGUGAAAAUUUAGAAAAUGUAUUAAAAGAGUGUUUAGGUGCAACAAGUGUUAUGGCUGAUAUUGAAAAACCAAAAUUAAUGAUAACUGGUGUACUUGCUGAUCGUAAACCAGUUGAUUUACAUUUAUUUCGUAAUUAUACAUCACCAAGUAUACUUAUGAAUGUACCAUUAUGUACUAAAUUUAAACCAACAUUAUUACCACAAGAACAAUUAUUAUGGAAAGUUGCUAGAGCAACUGGUGCAGCACCAUCAUAUUUUCGUGCAUUUGGAAGAUUUUUAGAUGGUGGUCUUAUUGCUAAUAAUCCAACACUUGAUGCAAUAACUGAAAUUCAUGAAUAUAAUUUAGCAUUAAAAGCAUGUGAUAGAAAUAAUGAAAUUACACCAUUAUCAAUGGUUGUAUCAAUUGGUACUGGUGCUAUACCAGUAAUACCAUUAAAAGAUAUUGAUGUAUUUCGUCCAGAAAGUCUUUGGGAUACAGUUAAACUUGGUAAAGGUUUAUCAGCACUUAGUACAUUACUUGUUGAUCAAGCAACAGCAAGUGAUGGACGUGUUGUUGAUCGUGCUAGAACAUGGUGUUCAAUGAUUGGUAUACCAUAUUAUCGUUUUAAUCCACAAUUGUCUAGUGAAAUUGCCAUGGAUGAAAAAAAAGAUGAUGUUCUGGCUGAAAUGAUAUGGACAGUUAAAGCAUUUAUGCAUGCUAAUAAAAAUCAAGUUAAUGAACUCAUUGCCAUUAUUGAUAGAGAUCCAUAAAAAUAAUAAUAAUCAUAGAUUUUUUUUUUUUAUCAAAUAAUCAUUAUUAUUUUGUCAUUGUGAUAUUAUUUUAUUAUUUUAUUUUAUUAUCUUUUGGUGAGUUUAAAUCUCAAGUACAAUACCAUAAUAAUAACAUUACAAUCAAUUUUUUUUCUUUGAUCUUUUUCAUCCAAAUAAAACAUUAUAGAUACAAUAUUAAAUUUUUAAGUAGUUAAUUUUUUUUAUUUAUUUUUAUCUUUAAUGAUAUAUCAACUAUACAAAAAAAAAAUGUUUAUUAAUUAAUUGUACAUAUGAAUAAUUAAAUAAAAUGAUAUUAUUAUUGUCAAUAUAAUA